GAAGUAUUUGUUGGUGUGGGUCACGUGUUUGUUUGUUUGUUUGUCCAUUAAGAAUCUCCCAAUCUCCCGCCAUGGAAAAUGCAUCUUUCAUGAUCUUCCGUGACUGUGAGCGCUCUUCUUAAUCAUUGGAAUCGGAUUCCUAAUUAGCUCACACACAGAGAUGAACGGCACCGGCACCGGCACCGUGUCCGAGUCGGAGCAGUACUGGAAGUUCCGGGGGAAUGAGGAGGUGAAUAAAUCCUCCAUUUCCAUCCGCGGUACCCUUAACCUAGUCCGUAAGAACGUGAAUGGCGACGAUCCACGGCCCCUGAUUCUGUUCGGCCGCGCCGACCCGUCGGAGUUCCCCUGCUUUCCGACCUCUCCUUCCGUCAUUGAAGCCCUCGCUAAUGCCGUCCUCUCCUCUAAUUUCAACUCUUAUCCUACCUCCCACGGUCUUCCUCCCGCCCGGAGCGCAUUGGCAGAAUAUCUUUCCAACAGUCUGCCAUACCAGUUAUCCCCUAAUGAUGUAUUUCUUACUAUUGGUUGCACACAAGCAAUUGAGAUCAUAAUCUCUGUACUAGCUCGCCCUGGUGUCAACAUCCUGCUUCCUAGACCAGCUUACCCGCACUAUGAAUCUCGAGCGGCUUUUGGAAACCUUGAAGUUCGCCAUUUUAAUCUCAUGCCAGAGAAGAGUUGGGAGGUUGACCUUGAUGCUGUCAAAGCUCUUGCAGAUAACAAUACUGUUGCUAUGGUUAUUAUCAAUCCAAACAAUCCCUGUGGAAGUGUCUAUACGUACCAGCAUCUGAAAGAGAUUGCAGAAACUGCAAGGAAACUUGGGAUAUUUUUGAUCUCUGAUGAAGUUUAUGCACAUAUGGCUUUUGGAACUAAGCCCUUUGUUCCUAUGGGUGAGUUUGGAUCCAUUGUCCCAGUGCUAACCCUUGGAUCUCUAUCAAAGAGAUGGAUUGUUCCUGGUUGGAGAUUGGGUUGGAUUUUGACCACUGAUCCUAAUGGCAUCCUGGAAAAACAUGGGAUUGUGGAGAGCAUUAAGAACUAUCUGGACAUUACCCCCGACCCCCCGACCUUCAUUCAGGGUGCACUUCCACAAAUUCUUGCAAAAACCAGCGCUGAAUUCUUUUCAGAUUUUCUUGAUACAAUGGGAGAAAAUGCCAGCAUUUUGUACGAGAAGAUCAAUGAGAUCCCUUGCUUCACUUGCCCAAACAAACCAGAAGGAGCCAUUCUUGCAAUGGUGAAGCUGAAUCUAGAACAACUCGAAGGCAUAAGUGAUGAUGUGGACUUCUGCAGCAAGGUGGCGAAGGAAGAAUCUGUGCUUAUUCUCCCAGGGGUUGCUGUUGGGUGGAAGAAUUGGCUGCGGAUGAGCUUUGGCAUGGAGCGUUCUUCCAUUGAAGAUGGUCUGGCAAGGUUGAAAAGCUUCUGUGAAAGGCAUACAAGCCCCAAAAGGCUACCCCAUUGAUUUGCAGAUCCUUAACUAUCUGGAAAGCAUCGACAACUUCUUGUUGUUGAUUUGACGUUUGUUUCAGCACAGUUUCAAUCAGUAUCAAAAUAAAAGAUGGACCCAUUAAAAUGCUUGCUACCUGCUAUGCUAAUAGUAAUUUUUUUUUUAA